ACCAAAUGUUUCUCUGUGUUACCGCUACUGUUGCUUAGCGCCUCCGCAAAAACCGCAAAUGGUAACGCUUCUUCGCCGGAAAAGUUAAGCGACUUGUCAUCAUCACUUCGAUAGUCAGGAAGGGUACUUGCUUCUUAUUGCGUCCCUUUACUUCCACAUGAUCGCGUCCUUCUCCAGAUUCCAAAUCUCAAUCCCCGAUUUGAUUCCGUCUUCACCGCGAUUUCUUCGGCCUAGUCAACACCAGUUCCGUUUCGGAUUAUUCCUUCGAUUUCCCGCUCAACCUAAGAAUCUCGAUCAAAUGGAGUGGAUGAACCGCCUUGGAAUCGGUUGCUUUGCGGCGAAUCGAAGCAAAAGGGAGCUGAAGACGGAGAUCGAUAACGGCGGAGAGGAUUUUUUCGAUGCGGAUGUUAUGGAGUCUGCUGAGAAGCCGGAUCAUUUGGUUGUCAUGGUUAACGGUAUCGUUGGCAGUGCGGCGGAUUGGAAAUAUGCGGCGGAGCAGUUCGUGAAGAAGUUCCCGGACAAAGUACUAGUGCACCGCAGCGAGAGCAAUAGUGCAACGUUGACAUUUGAUGGUGUUGAUAAAAUGGGUGAAAGACUAGCUAAUGAGGUUUUGGCUGUUGUUAAGCAUAGAAGUGGGCUGAAGAAGAUCUCUUUUGUGGCUCAUUCAUUAGGUGGUCUUGUUGCAAGGUAUGCCGUAGGGAAGCUCUAUGAACUGCGUGUCGAAGCCGACUCUUUGGACUCUCCUUCGAAGGAGAGGAGCACAAGAGGAGGCGAAAUUGCUGGGUUAGAACCUAUGAACUUUAUAACUUUCGCAACGCCUCAUCUUGGUUCAAGAGGACAUAGACAGUUUCCGAUUCUUUGUGGCCUUCCGUUUCUUGAAAGGACAGCCUCCCAAACUGCACAUUUGGCUGCUGGGAGGACUGGAAAGCAUUUGUUUCUGGUGGACAACGAUGAUGGAAAUGCUCCACUUCUUAUUCGGAUGGCUACAGAUUCUGAUGACUUAAAAUUCAUAUCAGCUUUACAGUCUUUCAAGCGUCGUGUGGCAUAUGCAAACGUGAAUUUUGAUUCUAUGGUUGGAUGGAGGACAUCUUCAAUUCGCCGUCCAAAUGAACUCCCAAAGCCAAAUCUUCUAGCAACUGAUCCAAACUAUCCACACAUUGUAUACGUAGAACGUGGAAAUGUGGACAAUGGUAGUUGCCAGUCAACUUCUACAGUAGUAACAGAGCAAAAUACUGAUCUUGAAGAGGAAAUGAUACAUGGACUCAGUCAACUAUCUUGGGAAAGAGUAGAUGUCAGUUUUCACAAUAGCAAGCAACGAUACGUUGCUCAUAGUACCAUCCAGGUGAAAACAUAUUGGUUACAUUCUGAUGGCAAAGAUGUUGUCUUCCACAUGAUGGAUCAUUUCUGUCUCUAGCCCCAAACAUUUUCAACCGCUGCAAUUUAGUCAGCACUGUAAGAAGGCGUAUCCCAUUACAAACUUCUUCUCUUCUUCUUUUUUGGUUAUUUUUAUCGUAUUUAGUAUGAUGCUUGAUGCGAUAAAAAUCGUGGUAAAGUUCUUGCCACUUUUUCCUUGAUGGUUAUUAAAAUGUUUUAUAAUUC